CAGUCUCUCAGCACAAGGUCGCUUAAUCGUCCACAUAACCCUGUGAGAACGUCCCGUGUUGCAGAUAGAGUAACUGACACCCAGAGCAGAUGAGAAAACCUGGGCCACGUGGGCAGCAAAUAAAAUCCCUGUUGAGAACAACAGUAAAAUACCCUCGUGUACAUAUGUCUCUAAUGAUGCAAAGACACCCCACGCCUGUGGUCUGACUGGAGCUUAGACCAGCCCUGGGAGCUGCCGGGAGCUUCCUGCCCGUCUGACGAUGGCUCCCGAGUCCCUUCCAGAUUCUUCCCACUAGCAACGAGCCAGAUUGUGACCCACUUUCAACUGUUUUCGUGACCCACUAAUGGGCUGCCCUUCACAGUUCACGGCAGUAGAGUACGCCCCGCCCCUGCAGGGGAGGUCUGCCCUGCACCGCACUCUGGAGAGACAGAAAUCAAUAGCGGAGCAUCGUUUCCUCGAGGGGCCCGCAGCCUGGCCAGGACGGAACACCUGCAGCCUGACAGCGAGAACGGUGCUGUGUGGAGGGCUGCCUGCUGGGCACGGCGAUGAGUGAACAGGCCCAGCGGACAAGGAUGGAGAGCCACACCCAGGAGGGCGAGGAGUGAUGCCCCGCUGUCCCCCAUGACCGCCCUGGAAGUGGGGCUCCCCAGGCCCUGGCAGGCUGCUGACCCUCAGCCUGCCAACCGCUAAGGGCGGGACUUGAGACGUUUCCCGUGGAUGGUCCCCUCCCCUGCGGCUCCACCAUGAGGCUCCUCGUGGCCCCCCUCUUGCUAGCAUGGGUGGCUGGUGCCUCUGCCGCUGUGCCCGUGGUCCCCUGGCGUGUGCCCUGCCCCCCUCAGUGUGCCUGCCAGAUCCGGCCCUGGUAUACACCCCGCUCGUCCUACCGCGAGGCCACCACCGUGGACUGCAAUGACCUGUUCCUGACGGCCGUGCCCCCGGCGCUGCCCGCGGGCACGCAGACCCUGCUACUGCAGAGCAACGGCAUCGUCCGCGUGGACCGGAGUGAGCUCGGCUACCUGGCCAACCUCACGGAGCUGGACCUGUCCCAGAACAGCUUUUCCAAUGCCCGGGACUGUGACUUCCAGGCCCUGCCCCAGCUGCUGAGCCUGCACCUGGAGGAGAACCAGCUGACCUGCCUGGAGGACCACAGCUUUGCGGGGCUGGCCAGCCUGCAGGAGCUCUAUCUCAACCACAACCAGCUGCGCCGCAUCGCCCCCCGGGCCUUCGCCGGCCUCGGCAACCUGCUGCGGCUGCACCUCAACUCCAACCUGCUGCGGGCCGUGGACAGCCGCUGGUUCGAGAUGCUGCCCAGCCUGGAGAUCCUCAUGAUCGGCGGCAACAAGGUGGACGCCAUCCUGGACAUGAACUUCCGGCCCCUGGCCAACCUGCGCAGCCUGGUGCUGGCCGGCAUGAGCCUGCGGGAGAUCUCCAGCUACGCCCUGGAGGGGCUGCGGAGCCUGGAGAGCCUCUCCUUCUAUGACAACCAGCUGGUCCGGGUGCCCCGGCGGGCGCUGGAGCAGGUGCCUGGCCUCAAGUUCCUGGACCUGAACAAGAACCCGCUGCAGCGGGUGGGGCCCGGGGACUUCGCCAACAUGCUGCACCUCAAGGAGCUGGGGCUGAACAACAUGGAGGAGCUGGUUUCCAUCGACAAGUUCGCCCUGGUCAACCUCCCCGAGCUGACCAAGCUGGACAUCACCAACAACCCGCGGCUGUCCUUCAUCCACCCCCGCGCCUUCCACCGCCUGCCCCAGAUGGAGACCCUCAUGCUCAACAACAACGCGCUCAGUGCCUUGCACCGGCAGACGGUGGAGUCGCUGCCCAACCUGCAGGAGGUGGGUCUUCACGGCAACCCCAUCCGCUGCGACUGCGUCAUCCGCUGGGCCAACGCCACCGGCAGCCGCAUCCGCUUCAUCGAGCCGCAGUCCACCCUGUGCGCGGAGCCGCCGGACCUCCGGGAGGUGCCCUUCCGAGAGAUGACGGACCACUGCCUGCCCCUCAUCUCCCCCCGGAGCUUCCCUCCCAGCCUCCACGUGGCCGGCGGACAGAGCCUGGUGCUGCACUGCCGGGCGCUGGCGGAGCCAGAGCCUGAGAUCUACUGGGUCACUCCGGCUGGGGUUCGACUGACAGCUGCCCGUGCAGGCAAGAGACACCGGGUGUACCCCGAGGGGACCCUGGAGCUGCGGAGGGUGACGGUGGCAGAGGCGGGGCUGUAUACCUGUGUGGCCCAGAACCUGGUGGGGGCCGAUACCAAGACCGUCAGUGUGGUGGUGGGCCGGGCUCCCCUGAAGCUAGGCAGGGACAAGGGAUGGGGGCUAGAGCUCCGGGUGCAGGAGACCCACCCCUAUCGCAUCCUGCUCUCUUGGGUCCCCCCACCCAACACCAUCGCCACCAACCUCACCUGGUCCAGCGCCUCCUCCCUCCGGGGCCAGGGGGCCACUGCUCUGGCCCGCCUGCCUCGGGGCACCCACAGCUACAACAUCACCCGCCUCCUUCAGGCCACGGAGUACUGGGCCUGCCUGCAAGUGGCCUUUGCUGAUGCCCACACCCAGUUGGCCUGCGUAUGGGCCAGGACUAAAGAGGCCACUCCCUGCCACAGAGCCUUUGGGGACCGGCCUGGGCUCAUCGCCAUCCUGGCCCUGGCUGUCCUCCUGCUGGCAGCCGGGAUAGCAACCCACCUCGGCCCUGGCCAGCCCAGGCAGGGGGUGGGUGGGCGGCCUCUCCUUCCAGCCUGGGCUUUCUGGGGCUGGGGUGCCCGCUCAGUCCGGGUGGUGUCUGCACCCCUCGUCCGGCCCUGGAAUCUGGGACGGAAGCUGCCCACGUCCUUAGAGGGAGAGACACGGUCACCACCAUUGUCUCACAAUUCCUGGAGCUCAUCCUGUCCUCCGCAGUAGAGAAACUGCUUUUUAACAAAAGGGAAGCAAUCUGGGCCUGAUGCCCUGCCAAGAACGUGACAUGGACCCACGUGCUCAAGGCCGGACCAUGACAGACGGGGCUGGGUGGCCCCAGGGGCUGCUCCUGCCACCUCCCAAACGUGGCCCUUCCCUUCUGGGGGGCUCCUCUGCUGCCUUUUUGAGGAGCAUCUGCAAGGGACAGAAGGACUCUGGCGAAAACUUCCCACCUCCCCAGCUGUCUACAUGCCCAGAGGCUCCUGGGCGGCGCCUGGCUGUCCCCUGCCCAUGUCCCCAGGCCCUCGGCCCUCAGGAUGUGCCCCUCCUCUGCCGUUUCUCUGUUCAGUCUCAGUUGCUUGUUCUUCCCCCUCCUGGGCAAGGGCUGAAGGAGGCCUCUCCUCCCACCAUGGGCGCCGCUCCCAGCGACCCCAGCCUGCUCUGAAGGACACUUGGACGAGGCUGCCCAGGACCCCCGCCUCCUCCUGGCAGCCCCGUUGGCGCUCAGUGGUUGACUUUCUACAGGCAAUUUUGUACCUUUGCGGAGGAAUGUGUCACCUCCCCCAACCCAGUUCGCUCUUUUCUCCUGUUUUGUAAAAAAUAAAAGUAAAUAAGAAAAACGUG